AGAGGAUUAUACGUCUAAAGUUGUGACUGGUUUAGCUUCAGUUGAGAAACGUAUUUUAGGUUUUACAUUCAAGUUAACGUUCUAGGAGCUUUAUCAAAUAAUAAGGCUUGGUCUACAGCCGACUACUCUCAAAUGGGUGUGAUAGACACAACAAAACGAAUGUAUAAACAGCUCAGUUGCUCAUUUGUAUUGCUUUUGGCUUUAAAAAGAAAUAACUAGCCUUUAUUUUAAGAAGUCAAAAAGCAACGUUUUAAGACCUACGUAUAUCAAAAGCCAAGUGACCAAUACAGUUUGUGAAUUGUGUGUUUACAAUAUAAAAACUGAAUUUAUGUAGGCUUCACAUCCUUGUUAUAAGCUUCAGUCUAGGCUCUGUUAUUUUUGAAAAGAAUAACGCAUGUUUGCGUAAGUGAGGAGCUUGUGUUACUGUUCCUUUAAGAGGGCUGAGCUCGUGCCUGCUGAGGCUGCACCGCACUCUUCAUCUACCUGCUGCCCACUCCGCUCCUGCGUCUUGAUUGGCCGUCUUGGCCGAAAUCCUCUUGAAUGAUUUCAAACCCGAGUGUUUGGACGGGGAGGAGGGGGGUCGGCUGCUAAUUCCGAGCUGGCUGGCUGGACGGGCUUUGAAUCCUCCGUCCACCAACAACAGCACCUCAGUAAAGAGGCUUAUCCGAGGAGGACUGUGGAAAUAACGCGUUCAGGAGAGCACCGCCGGGAGGAAAGUGGGCUUUCUGAGGUGUCGUGUUUGCGUUUAUUUUGAACCUUUUUUCUCCAUUUAGUCUGUGCUCGGCAGUGGAUGAAUAUUUGAUAGAGUUUCUGUGUUUCAUCAUUUGAAUGGAGCGAUGUCCAGCGGAGACGGCGCACAUUGCGAUGGGACGCGGUUUGUUGUGCUGACGGGACCCGCAGCCAGAACCUGAUUACAGAUCUCUGGUAGACUACUCCAUUUAAAAUCAUGUGUUUUCGUGUUUGAUGGGAUGUGAAUAUAUCUACAGUAGUUUCUGGGAUUCAUACAGGAUUUUUCUUGAAAAGAUUAGCGAGGGCAUUCAGUCCAUGCCAUAGCAUCACAUUAAUAUUUCCCUUUUUAUUAGCGGCCUGUUGAAGCGAGCGCAAAACCACUCUCUGAUUUUGGACAAUGUUUUUCCACACAGUCCCGCAACUGAGGCUAGUUUAGUUUUGACGGAUAAUUCGAGCCACUGAUAAAUAACUGAGACUUUAAGCCAAGACAGUCAUGGCUAAAAAUUCAUCCGAGGGACAGAAGGAUGAGCUGAGCCAGCUGACGGACGAGGAGCUGCAGCGGCUCAGCAAAGAGGACCUGGUCCGGAGAUUAAGGAGGGUUGACAGCGAGAAAAUGAACUUGAUGAUCGAGCAUGGCAACAUGAUGAAAGACAUAAACCGGCGGCUGCAGGUGCACCUGCACGAAAUCCGAAGCCUGAAGGAGAUCAACCAGAAGCUGCAGGACGACAACCACGAGCUCCGAGAGCUCUGCUGCUUCCUGGACGACGACCGACAGAAGGGCAAGAAGCUGUCCCGGGAGUGGCAGCGCUUCGGCCGCUACACUGCCAGUGCCAUGUGGAAGGAGGUGGGUACAUACAUGAUGAAGCUGAAGGAGCUGGAGGCCAACCAGGAGACCGUGUUGAGGGAGAACUCUGAGCUGAAGGAGAUCAUCCUCAUGCUGGAUGAGGAGAGGAACGGAGCAGGGUCCAGGAGCUCCAUAGACAGUCAGUCCAGUUUAACCAACCUGAACGGGGGCACCGGCACGGUCAGGGAUGUUGGAGACGGUAGCAGCACGUCCAGCACAGGUAGUGCUGGUAGCCCUGACCACCACAACCACAACCACAUACACAAGCCCAGCACAGAGAACAGUAAGCUGGGCCCAACCAUGAGGAGGUCCAUGGAUGACCUGUCAGCACCGCACCACCACAGGAGCAUCCCCAAUGGGCUGAAUGAUUCCUCCUCCAACUACAUCAGGCAGCUGGAGACGAAAGUGCGGAUCCUGGAGGAUGAUAACAAUAAGCUUCUAACACAGCAGUGUAACCCAGGUGACCUACGUGCCCUGAGGAAGGGGAUGACCCUCUACCACUCAGAGUCCCAGCUGUCCUCACUGCCCCAACGCCAGGAUGCAAUGCACAUGGGUACUGGUCGUCUUCCAACCAGUGAGUCUUCUCCUGCCACGGGCUACCUGUCCUGCGUCCAGAAGCCUGAGGCAGUUGUGCAUGCCAUGAAGGUGCUGGAGGUCCACGAGAACUUGGACAAACAGGUUCCUGAGGACUAUGAGGAUGAUCUCAGCGAAAAGGAGAAGGCCAUUGUGCGAGAGAUGUGCAACGUGGUGUGGAGAAAGCUGGGUGAUGCAGCAGGAUCAAAGCUGUCCAUCAGACAGCACCUCUCUGGGAACCAGUUCAAAGGGCCACUGUAGCACCGCAACCAGAGGAGGAGAGAGAGAGAGAGAUCAGGAUUUACAGUACCUACACUCACCUGAAAACACCUCGUACUUCCUGCGCCUACACAACCCAUCAUGCCAUGCUCCCGACUGCCUACAGCACCCAGCAUUCCUUCAACAAAAGACUGGCUAAGAGAACGACUUCAUGGACAUGUCAGUCUGUUGUUCACAUGUGCAAACAUGUUUCUAUCUCAGAGUUUAUGAAGCGUUGACGACUGGCAGCUAGUUUCACUGAUACACCACUUCUCUUUGUCGAUUUUGAGGCUUCCAGCUACACAUUGCUCUCUCUUUAAACGCUAUAAACACACACUCCCUUUUUAGCCCUUUAUAGCAUAGCUGUGCUACACCAAGCUAGCGAUAUGACAUGGUUUAAAGCACAGUUGUAAUGGGGCAGAAAUCUCUACACGUGUUGCUGGAUGUGAAGGCAACAUGGUGGUGGUAUCUUCAGAUAAGUUUUGAUAGUACCUCCUAUAGAGACCCUAGCUCCUGUCACAUGUAUCGCCCCCUAGUGGUCAACGAGUAUAACUAGCAUUAGCAUUCUAAAGUGUUAACUAAUGUGAAACCCACUGUGACCUAGCGCCUUUUGCUCAUACUAAGACAAGUCUAUGGAUAAUAAAGUCUAGAGAUCACUGUUAACUUGUGUAUAUUAUGUAUAAAACCAUAGCACUACUUCAUUGUUAUUGUUGAUUUUUUUUUUGAUCUAUUUUGUAUUCUAGCGUGGCCAUGUGAUCAAUUCUUUAGUUUGAAUCGCACACAACAACCGGACCUUAAACAGGGUUUGCUUUUGUUAAAAAGAAUAUAUAUAUCUUUGUUUUUGUUUUUUAUUCUUUUUCAGAUUCAUUGCUAUUAUUCCUUUUCUCUGUAACCUCUGAAAAUGUAUUUUGGCCAUUCUGAAUCAAACCAUCUCCAUGCAUUAAUCGAUAGAUGACUUUCUUACUUUGUGGAAUUAACUAAAAUUGUAUGCUGUGUGCAUGCUUGACAAUCAUUUUCUCAGGUUGGGAGGGCUACAGCUUUACCUUUGCCCAUCUGUAACAGUGUGUGUAUGUGUUGAGGUGCUUGUGUGGGAGUGUGUGUGUGUGUCUGGAGACUGAAUGGUUCUCUUACAGCUGUAGCAUCUACCUGUGAAUCCUCUUUUUCUCUAUUGAACCCUGGUUACAACUCGGUUUAAGACUGCUGAAGGCGUUUGCUGAAUCCACUCAAAAACCAUCGUCCCAAUACUGAUAAAAUAAUACAAAAAAUUAGACUUCAUUGUCAUUGCUGAUGAAAAAAGUUUAUUUUCCUGACCACAGUCCUGUUCUGUUGUCUUGGAUUCAGCAGGUGUGUUUAUGCAGCGCAUGUUUCUUAAGGUUGAAUCUUUUUUUUUUCUUAGAAUAUGAGAGAUAAGUCUUCCCUUAGGUGUCUCCUGAAAACACUAACAUUUAAAUAUGAGUAUUUCUUGAUGUCAGAAUGAACAAACGCUGUUUGUCAAAGUAUUUAUUGCCAGGUUUAGAUAGAGAUGGGAGCGCUAUCAGUGACUAAACAGUCUUAUUUUAGAUUUAUCAGACGUACUUAAACUGUAAAGUUAUCUCAUAGAUACGUUUAGUGACUGACAGCCCCAUCUCUAGUGUUAUUUGUUCCAAAUUAGAACAUUUCUAAGGCUACUUGCCAUGCACCUCUCUUCUUUCAAAUGAUGGCUCAAAAAUAAAUCAAAGUAUGGUUUUAUAAAAAGUGUCCUUUUUUCUAGGAACUAAUUUGAAGCCAUGAUACAAUUUUGAAUACUUUAUAAAAGGCAUUUGAUUUAAAAUGUGCCACAUUUUUUUCUGCAUGGUGUUUUGAUUUGGAACUCAACUGUGUUUUUUAAACAUCUAGAGUAUUUCUUUCUUUCUUUCUUUCUUUAUUUCUGUCUGCCUAAAUGCUAAAACCACAGAAUCCUAGAGUCUACGGAGUAAAAUCGAUUCCUGUAGUAACUAGCAUGGCUGUGACUUCUUUUCUUGAACUUCACUGAUGAGAUAAAUGUUUGGCAGGUGAAAAGAAAACAUCAAAUAGGCCACUUUUAGAAAAACUGGGAGAAAAUAAACAAAGUUGGUUAAUGAAA